AGUGAGACUUCCAUCUCUUCAAUGCACAUACACGUACGCAUACAUGAUGCAAGUGCAGUGAAUUCGAUGCGCUUUAGUGCGUAACGUUGGAGCAAUGGCCAGUCCGAGCGAUAUCUUUGUUGGUUGACAGUUGACACGUGCUGGGAUGCGAACUAUCGGGUGUUCAUUUGCAAGUUAUUAUCCGCUGCGAUAAUUGCAAUCUCAUGACUUCCGUUCUGAUAAAACGUUAUCAGAAAGCUUACCGGAGCGCGAUGAUAACGACUGCAUAGGAUUUGACAGAGUGCAAACGAUCAAGCGCGAGUCCAAAAGCCCUUUUUCUUUAGAGGAGUAAGAUGGGAGAUCAACAGCAGCAGCAGUUGAAUAACUUGAUCAAAUGGUUAGACACAUUCGACCUUCAGGCGCCACACAACUCAGCAGAGGAUAUAAGCGAUGGAGUCGCUUUAGCAGAAGCCUUGGCUCAAAUCGCACCAGAAUGGUUCACAGUAGUAUGGAAAGCAAAGAUCAAGACUGACGUAGCUACCAAUUGGCGUCUCAGAGUGAGCAACAUGAAGAAAAUUGUAGAGGCUGUGAUGGAAUACUAUGUGGAGUGCUUGAACCAGCAAUUAUCUGGUUAUAUCAAGCCAGAUGCAACCAAAAUUGGCGAGCAUUGUGACAGUGAUGAGUUGCGUCGUCUGCUGCAGCUGAUUCUGGGCUGUGCUGUCAAUUGUGACCAGAAGCAGCAAUAUAUUACUAGGAUAAUGAGUAUGGAGGAGACUGUGCAACAGGCGAUAAUGCAAAGCAUUCAGGAGCUAGAGAGCAGUGUUCAUGGGCCCAGGCUGAGCUUAGGUACUAGUCUAAAUUUCGAACCUAUGGAUAUGGCUGAUGGUAUUCAGCAGAGACUGUAUGCUGAGCUACAGACAGCAGUGGAUAUGAAAGAUCAGCUAGCACAGAGAUGUCACGAACUUGACCAACAAUUGUCUCUGCUGCAAGAGGAGAAAGCUGCAUUGAUUGUGGAAAACAAGAAGCUCCAAGAGCGACUGGAUGAAUUUGAAAACCCAGAAGAAUCAGGCUCUAUCUUGAAGUACUCUGGUCUGCGAAAACAGGCAGAAGCACUCAAAGACGAGCUAUUCAAGGUGGAAACCUCUAGAGAUGAUUACAGAUUGAAGGUGGAAUUGCUGGAAAAAGAGGUUUUGGAGUUACAAUUGAGGCAAGAGGACCUGCAGAAGGCAGCUGAUGAAGCCAAUCACUUGAAGGAUGAGGUGGAUGCUUUAAGAGAGACUGUGGACAAGGUGGCCAAGUACGAACUCACUAUAGAAUCGUACAAAAAGAAGAUGGAGGAUAUGGGCGACCUCAAAAGGCAAAUGAAGAUACUAGAAGACAAAAAUCUCGAGUAUUUGCAGGUCAAGCUGGACUACGAAGAGGAAUCAAAGCGCACAACAAUGUUGCGGAACCAUUUGGAAAUUUGCAAGCAGCAGCUUACAGAGACUCAGCACAAGUUGGACGAGAUGAGCGGUAAAUACGACCGAUUGGUGUGCGAGGACAAGAAGAAGGAGGCGAGGAUGAACACUCUACAACGAGAGAGAGAUCGAUUAGUCAUCGAGAGAGACGCACUGCGGGAAACGAACGAAGAGCUCAAAUGCGCGCAGCUGCAGGCCGCUGAAAACAUGGCAAAACCGAGCACCGUCGACAGCAAUAGCGUUGCCGGCACGGAAAUGAUUCCGCUCGAGGUAAAAGAGAAACUGCUGUGUUUACAGCUGGAGAACAAAAUGCUGAAGGCAAGGCAGAAGGGCAACGAGGAGAAGCUGCCGAGCGUGCAGACGUUGCUCGACGAGUCGGAAGAGCGUCUGAACACGUUGCGAGAGCAGAAUCGCAAAGCGAAUCAGAAGAUAAUGGAAAUGGAGGCCAAGUUGGAGGAGGUCACGAUGCAGUCUUCUAAUGCCGACGGCAAGAGCGACAGCGGAGGUCUCGGUCAGAAGGCCGUGCAGCUGCAAGACGAGUUGCGAAAGGCGCAGGCGGAGAAGGAACGACUGACGCUGCAGCUCGAGGAGCGCGAGGCCACUCUGCAGGUGCAGAAGCAGAAGACCGCGACUCUUCAAGAAAAGCUGACGCGGAAGGAGUAUGAGGACGCCGCUCGUGAGGAGCAUUACAAGAAAAAUGUUGAGAAGGCCAAGAGCGUCAUCAAGAGUCUGGAGUCCUCCAAACACUCCCCAACCGAGCUCGUGCUACGUAACCAGUUGCUGGAGCAGCGCAAGGCAAUCGAGGAGAUGGAGCGCACCGUAAAAGAAAGCAGGUUGCUGCGCGAGAUGGAGGAGAAGCUGAUGGUGACCGCCUUUUACAAAUUAGGUCUGUCCGCCCAGAGAGACGCGAUGGACCAACGGCUGGCAACGCUCAGCUCCGGACAGGGUCAUUCUUUCUUAGCCAGGCAGAGGCAGCCUUCGGCGAGACGUCAUUCGCCUUACAAUUCGAAAUAAGGAGAUCGUGAUCGAAUAGGUUUCACACGCUUAAGUAUUAUAAGACGAAAUAGUAAACGAUUGUUCGUAACAUGAGAUGGCGUAAUGAAAUGCGGACAUAAUAGCUGUUCAUUUAACAUUCACCUUAAAAGCAUUAAUUAGCGGUGCUUGUUAGUAUUCAGGCAAUAUAGUAAUAACGUACAUUAUGCUCCAGUUACACUUGCUCCGACUGAUUCAACUUUUUUCUGAUAGAAAUACGAUUGAACGGUGCAAACCAAAAGUUAUCUUUGUCUUUUAAUGGGAUUAAUAAUUAAAAUUUUUUUACGAAGACUACGGACAAAGCCGUGCGAGUCGAAUCAUAUGAAAGCCAUUCAUUUCUACAUAAAAUUUUUUAGGUAUACAUUCAGUUUUUAUCUCCCUGUGCAUAAUAUAUUGACUACGUAGUUUUUACGUUGGAUGCUCCGCCAAGCCACAAUCUUCUAAUUAUUAGAUACUUGUCAACGUACGUUCCUUUGUUGUACCUUUAAUGAAUAUUUAAACGAAAGUAAUGCGAAAAAAGGUCUCUUUAAUAGUUAGAAAAUUUUAACAUAUUUUGACAUUGUAUUUAUAUCUCGCAAAUGUAUUAUAUUUAUCUAAUAUUCAUAUCGGGCUCAAAAAAGGAAGGAUACAUAUUAAGCGGAUUGUAAAUAAGAAAAUAAUUAUAUAGAUCGAAGUAUAAAUCGGAAUGUGCUAGAUAUUACGCGCAGAAUGUUGGAUAUCCUGAAAUAUCUAUAAACAAAUCUGAUUCCAUCCAUGAUUAUUUUAAUUGUGCUGACGAUAAACUACCAUCGAUUCUAAAGUACUGUAUACAAUGUUGAUACUUAAUUUGACAGUGACCAACGUUAAAUAUAUGUCCAUAAAAAUUGUCUGCCUUGUACAAUAAUACCUAUUGCAACAAUCUGUUGUAAAUAAUGUACAUGUUGCUAUAUACAUAUUUUGAAUCUAGAGAGAGAAAUAUAUAUAAAUAUAAUAUAAAAAGUUUAAUCAUACAUAUGUUCAUAUAUUUAUAGCCCCAUACUAUAUAAUGUUACGCUCAUUAUUUAUUUGAUACAUCAUUAUGUUCUUAUUGUUUCUAUUUUACAAUUUUAUCAAUUAUUUAAUACAGAGAAAAUAAUUUUUAGUAUCAGUGAAGAGUAAUUGAAAGAUUAGUAUGGAAUGUGUAUGGAAUAACGAAUAAACUUGUAAAUGCACAAUAAUAUAUCAUUAUAGCAGAUCACGGAAACAAAUUUCACUUAUAUCCACAGUUGUGCUUAGGACGCUUCGAGAAACAAAUAUCUAUUGUAUCCAUUGUAACAAUGUUAAUAUUCUUAGCUACCAUAACCUUAGCUACUAAUAUCAUAACUGUUACAAUAUAUAAAUUAAUUUUUUUUAUUGGCAAUAUUAUUCAACCACUUAUGUACAUUAUCCCUUUCAGUUAUCCAAUUUAUUCGUAAGAAAGGCCUACUUUACAUGUCAUGUUCGUACUCUUAUCAUGUUGGAAAAAAUAUGAGAAAAAAUUGUUCAAACUAAAAAUGUUUGCAAAUUAUUACGUUACUCAAAUAUCUUUCGAAAUUUCGGAUUUCAUUUCUUG